AUAGGGCAAUACAGGCAAAUCCAGGUUGGUUGAAAUACAAGAAGUAUGGACUAAACAAUUGGCCAGAUUUGAGCAUGGUAUUUGGGGAUGCAUAUGCUACAGGUAACUUAGGGGUUGCCAGUGCUCAAGAUUUUGAUGACAUCGAAGCUGUUAAUACAGUUGAUAUUGAGCAAUUCUCUCACUCCCCCAGUACCCCGGUGCAUAUAAGCAUGAAUGACCCCUUCCAUGAGGAUACUCAUACUCCAACUCAGACCACCACAAAACGAAGUCUUGAUAGGACACCUACGGGACGAAGAAAAAAGAGCGCCAAUAAGGGAGAUAGACACGUGAAGGACUUGUAUGGGCAGUAUUUAUCCAUGAAAAUUGAGAAAGCAUCCAGUACUUCUGUAACAUCUCCUGUUCGUGGUGGGGUAGGUGCAUCUUGUCCUCGAGAUUUCAGUGUGAGUGCAUGUGAGGCGGUGAUAUCCUCCAUACAGGAUAUAUCAAAGGAGAUAUAUUUGAAGGCCACCAGUCGUAUGUGUACUGAUCCUAGUUGGAGGGAGUUGUUUGUCUGUGCAGAGCCUGCGAAGAGGAUUUGGCUUUUAGAUGCGUUGGAUUAGUUGAUGUUGUGUUUGAAUGCUACUUUUGAUAAUUUUGGAUUCAAGACUCUACAUUUGGUGUGUGUAA